AUGCUUGGAUGUUCCCUACGCAAUAUCAAAGCGAACGAAUCCCUGUUUGGAGAAGUAUGUGUCAUUUUUGUAGGCGACUGGAAGAAGGUUCCACCUGUUGAUAAAUAUGGUAGUGGAGCCUUGAAAACAUCGUACAUCUGGAGUUCUGUGACGGAGUCGAGUCUAAAGAAAAACAUGAGAGUACGAAAUUCUUCAGAUGCAACUUCUGCUGUCAAAUGUAGCGACAUCGGUUCCGGUCAGUAUUCGAUCUCUGACUCACUGAGGAAUGUGGUUCGAAUUAGGCCAGGUUUUGUACUUGAAACUUCAUCUAUUACCGAAAUAUGCAAAUUUGUCUUUAAUGAUUUAAGUAAAAACUACAAAAUUGCAUCAUGGCUGUGUUCGCGAGCUGUCAUUUCCUCAACCAAUGAAGUGGUAAAUAAUGUGAAUGAGCACAUAAUUCACAACUUUCAUGAGGAAAGUCGAGAGUACUGUAGUUUGAAUACAAUAGAUGAGGAAAACUACCACCAGUACCCACAAGAUUUCUUGAACAACUUACAUCCGUCGGCAUUGCCACUACAUAAAAUUAAAUUGGAAACAAAACUGUCCGAUAAUGCCCCUUAA